AUGCGCUCUCACGCGCACUCUCACGCGCUCUCUCACAUGCACUAUCACACGUUCUCUCACGCGCACUCUCACGCGCACUCUUAUGCGCACACUCACUCCCUCUCUCACCUGCUCUCUCACGCGCUCUCUCGUGCACUCUCUCGCGCGCACUCACGCGAUCUUUCACGCGCUCUGUCAUGCGCUCUCUCACGUGCAUGCUCACGUGCAUACUCACGCGCACCCUCACGCGCUCCCUCACUCGCCCUCUUGCACGCGCUUUCUCACGCGCUCUUUCACGCGCUCCCACGCGCGCUCUCUCACGCGCUCUCUCACGCGCUCUCUCACGUGCCCUCUCAUGCGCCCACUCACGUGCUCUCUCAUGCGCUCACUCACGUGCUCACUCACGCGCACACUCACGCUCUCUCUCACGCGCUCCCUCACGCGCCCAUUCACGCGCUCUCUCGCGCGCCCUCUCAUGCACUCUCUCACGCGCACUCUCACGCGCACUCUCACGCGCACAGUCACGCGCAACCUCACGCGCUCUCGCACGUGCUCCCUUAUGCGCUCUCUCACGCGCCCUCUCACGCGCUCUCUCACACGCACUCGCACGCGCACACUCACGCGCACACUCACGCGCUUUCUCACGCGCACACUCACGCGCUCUCUCACGCGCUCCCUCACGCGCUUUCUCAUGCGCACACUCACGCGCUCUCUCACGCGCACACUCACGAGCACACUCACUCCCUCUCUCACGCGCACACUCACGCGCACACUCACGCGCACACUCAUGCGCACCCUCACAUGCUCCCUCACGCGCUCUCUCACGCGCCCUCUCACGCGCUCUCUCACGUGCUUUCUCACGUGCUCUCUCACGCGCUCUCUCACGAACUCUCUCAUGCGCUCUCUCACGCUCUCUCUCAUGCGCACACUCACGUGCACACUCACGCGCUCUAUCACGCGCUCUCUCACGCGCUCUCUCACGUGCUCCCUCACGCACUCUCUCACACGCUCUCUCACGCGCUCUCUUACGCGCUCUCUCACGCGCUCCCUCACGUGCUCUCUCACGCGCUCUCUCAGUCGCUCUCUAACGCGCUCUCUCACAUGCACAGUCACGAUGAAAUGAUGAAUCACAUCAUUGGCUGGCUUGCGCUUCUUGGAAGCAUGCCACCUCCUCAGUAA